AUGACAACGGGCGCUGGACGGGAAGCCUGGAGGAGCGUGUACCUCCUAACUCCUUACUUCCCCUGUCUUUCCGGGUUCGUUCUCACCACUUCCACCUGCUCCAACCACUCCCCUCCAUCCGUUUCAGUGGCACUACAUCCGACUAUAUUGUCUCCUCCCUCCGCCUCUCCUUAUUGCCUUCAGUCUUGCCCACUCCUACCAAGCCCCACCUCCACCCUCUUCAGGCAGCACGCCCGGACCCUGUGGUACGACAGACCCAAAUAUGUUUACAUGGAGUUUUGUGUUGAGGACAGCACCGACGUGAGUGUACUCAUUGAAGAUGACCGCAUUGUGUUCAGCUGCAGGAACGGUGACGGAGUGGAGCUGUACAACGAGAUUGAGUUCUAUGCCAAGGUGAACUCCAAGGACUCCCAGGAGAAGCGCUCUGGUCGCUCUAUUACUUGCUUUGUGAGGAAGUGGAAGGAGAAGGUGGCGUGGCCACGGCUCACCAAGGAGGAGACCAAGCCCGUGUGGCUCUCUGUGGACUUUGACAACUGGAGAGACUGGGAAGGAGAUGAUGAGGUGGAACUGGCUCAGGUGGAGCAUUAUGCAGAGAUCCCUUGGAGCUGGAGUUACAGGAGGUUGUGAAUUGUCUGACAUGGGUGUUGGGAACAAAAUUUGAAUCCUCUGGACAGAAGCAGGUACUCUUAGCUGCUGAGCCAUCUUUAAAAAAAAACAAAAACAAAAACAAAAACUUAACACAUUUUACUUAUUUAUUUGUGAAGGCCAGAUGCACACAUCACAGAACCCAUACGGAGAUCAGAAUACAACUUGUCGGAGUCUGUAUUCUAUAUUUCUAACAUGUAGGUCCCAGGGAUUGAACUCAUGAAUGAAGCUUGGCAGCAGGUGCCUAUUCAAACUGAGCCAUCUUGCCAGCCCAUAUCAGUAGACUUUCACACCCUUAAGUUACUGUUUGCAGAGUAGUGCCUGCGGUCUGUAAAAACGUUUUUGGUCGUGAGCCCAGCCUUUAAGAGCUGAGCCAUCUCU